GAAAAAUUUGAUUGAUGAUACCUUCCACAUUCUUUUAGUAGACGGCUGACUUAAGGAAUGUUUAUUCAGGAACCUACGGACCGCUUAUAUAAGACGGACCACUUAUGUGAUGUGAUAUCAUAUAAUAUGCAGUAGAUAAUGUCCUAAUUCAAGAGUACCUCAACCAUCCAUACUUCUAAACUUCAGUGUAUUUUAUUCCGUGCUUUACAGAACCUAAAUAAUAUCAAAUAGGCCAUUAUAGGGCCCCGCCGUCCCCAAUGUUGGUAUCUUCAUAACUCUCUGGUAUGCGAAUACCAACCUAAAUUCAAGUAUUUAUUUAAGGGAACGAUUGUCUUUCUGGUAAACCAUGUCACUAAAGCAUCCUCAGGAAGCUGAUGAUGGCUGUUUACACCUCAACGAAAAGCUAGCGCUAGAAACGAAAUCAGAGAAUGACCUUUCUGCUAAUCCAAUCAAACUUGCUCCAUACCUAACAGGAUCCGAAUAUUCAACUGAAUCAUUAGAAGAUACGAAAUCAGUACCUCAAGCUGAUACAUCAGUCCAUGAUGCACAUUACAAGAGAGCUUUACGUAAAAUUGACGUCAGAGUUAUACUGAUUCUGUCGAUAAGCUCGUUCUUACUGUGCAUCACUAGGACUUCUUUUCCAAAUGCUCUAGUAAUGAAUGAUGACGACGAGAAUGGCUCAAUGAAAGACCAAUUGGAUAUCACUGACAAGCGAUAUAGUUAUAUAGUGAUGAUCCUUACGGCGGUUUCAAUCGUGUUUGAAUUACCAUCGAAUCUGCUGCUCAAGUACAUUUCACCUAGGUUUCAUAUUACAAGGUUGGCAAUUGGAUGGGGUAUAGUUACUAUAUGUGGUGCUGCAGCAACUAAUUUUCAGGGAAUAGUAGCCAAUAAAAUAUUCCUGGCUAUCGCGCAAGCUGGAUUUUUUCCAUCGGUGUUUUACAUUUUUGGAUUAUGGUACACCGAAGAACAGAAGGCCUUUCGAGUUGCAAUUUAUUUUAAUGGACUCAUACUGAGUGGUGCAUUCUCAGGUUUAAUCGGAACCGCGUGCUCGUAUCUUAACAAUAAAGGACAUCUCACUGGAUGGAGAUGGUUGUUUAUUCUCACCGGUAUUCCAUCAGUUCUCAUUGGAAUAGUCACUUUUUUCCUGUUGCCUAAUAAUCCAGAAACUGCCACGUUUUUAUCAGAAGAAGAACGCGAUGUUAUUAUUAAGGGAUUGAAAGUGUCUCAAAUAAAAAACACUAGCUCGGAUGCUUCAAAUGAGUCAACUAAACUAAGCUUUAAUGAUAUCUGGAUUGUUUUCAAGGAUUCCACCUUUUGGUUUCUGACAAUAAUGUAUAUUCUUAUGGUGAUGGCUAGUAUACCGGUCUCACAGUUUUUGCCAUUAUUGAUAGAAGACCUUGGUUUUCACGGCGUAAAUAUCCAGCUUAUGACGAUACCCGUCAGCAUUUUCACACUUAUUUGCUCCAUGAUCUCAGGGUGGGGGAGCGACAGAUUUAGAAAUAGACCACUCUUUAUUAUUAUUGGUUUAUCGCUGGUUGCGAUUGGAUACUUAAUGCUCGGUCUCAUCAAGACAAACAUAGCCGGUAGAAUGAUCGCAUUAUAUCUCACAUCCCUAGGACCGGUUUCUGAAAUCCCGAUGGUAGUCUAUGUUCUGAAAUUACAGCAAGACAAAGGAUGGAGUAGCUCGAGUUUCAAAUUUGGUAGUUCUGCAAUACUGGCUCUUGCAAGUGCUGGUGGUAUCACUGCACCUUUGGUAAUGGAAAGUGGUUUAACGAAGGAAAAUGUGUCUUAUGCUUUUUUUGCUUUUACGAUGUUCUCGACGACUGACUAUGAGAGAUACAAACCCAGUUACGUCAUUUACAUUCAUUAA